AUGGGCGAGCAGGAGAGUGCAAACAACACCAAAAAUCCAGGGAACGUAUUUGCAUGCGAGGCAGGCGACAGAGACAAGGGCAUCGACGACGGAAGACGAGGAACGAAAGGGGCGAGCGUGGAGCGUGUGCUUGUAGGACUGUUGACUUACGUGGAGGCACGUAACGAUGAGAAGCACAAGCCGUCGUAUGUUGAGGUGCGACUUAAUUACGAGGUCAUAAGAGACACGGGAUAA